AUGCCUCCACGCAAGAAGGCCAAGCGCGCCCAUUCCACCACCCCGCAAGCUGAGACAGCGCAAUCGAGCGCAGACACUCCCGGUUCCACCGACAGCGUCGAGAAGUCUGAGGCGGACUAUGACCUACUCACUGAUCCAUGGACUGAUGAGCAGGAGACUGCACUUUUGAAAGCAAUUAUAAAAUGGAAACCUGUUGGUGGGUAUUAUACACGACGUGGCGCGCAAUGCGAGGACAAUGGAGCUAAUUCGUUUGAUCGCAUUCCUCUAGGCGUGCACAAACAUUUUCGAAUGGUUGCCAUAUCAGAGUUCCUCAAAAACCAAGGAUAUGGACCUGCCAAUGGAGAGCACUUGACUAUUCCAGGGAUAUGGAAGAAGUUGGGUACUCUUUACAACCUGGAAGCUCUCAAUGAACGGGAGGAUUCGGCGAUUGUGGACUCCAAUGAAGACGAAGAGGGAAUAAUUGAGCGAUAUUGCCCGUUUGAGCUUCCCUACGACGAAUACGGCGACCUUAUGUUCGAGAGGCGACUGGCUACAGAAGGCUCCUUAUCUCCAGUCAUGAGUCGCCAUGCAGACUCUCGACGAGGGAGCACAGUGGCAGAUACCGAUGAACCGCGCUCCUCUCCCGCCCCAUCUCGAGGGCGCAAGUCCACCCGUGGCACUCGCCAAACCGCUCGGGAAACUCGAUCGACGAGACUCCAUGUGGAAAUCAAUAACGGCAGUCAGAAAACUUCCGAUGAAGAUAUCUUAUCCGACGAGGAAGACACUGGGGGAAAUGAAGAAGAUGAAGAAGAGGGAGAAGAGGGCAGCGAUGAAAAGGAAAGUGGAGAUGAAGAAGACGGGCCCGACGAUGAGAAAGGCUCAAGAAGUACAAGGGCGCAAACCUUUCGAACUAGGCAAAAGGAUGCAAAGCCUUCCACAAAUACAGGGACUCGGAGGACUGGUCGUCGUCGCUGA